ACUCGUGUUGCGAGACCGGUGACCUCAUACAGUCAUAGGCUUCCUCAUCUACGCGGAGACCUUUGGUCGUGCCCUCAUGCUCAUAGUGCUCGCCCCUAUCAUUGCCUCAUUGCUCAUUUGGUCUACUCAGCGCAGGGAGCUUUUUUCCUUGAUUUCCUUUUACGGCGGCUUGUCCAUCUUUUCCAGCAUCUUGAAUAAAGGUACUGUACUGGCCGUGCUUGAAAAAUUGCUAUCCGAGGCGUCUUGAAUAAAGAUUCUUGGAUUGGUUACAGAAGUUUCAUGACUUACUGAAGGCAUCCCUGCACACUGGGGAAGACAAACAGAUGUUUGUUAUCAUGUGAAACUGCUUUUGCAGUCAGGAUUUUGCUUAAAAAGAAAUGGACAUUGAGUUUAGCAGCUGUGAUAUGCUGGAGAGCAUGUUACAAUAUGGAAGUUCAGGACCACGCAAUCUAUCCCUAGAGUAUUUGAGAAACAUCACAAACAACUUCUCUGAUGAGCGGCUACUUGGUGAAGGUGGUUUUGGCACCGUAUAUAAGGGAGUACUACCAAAUGGUGAAUCGAUGGCUGUGAAGAAACUUAAUUCGUCAAUGCCUGGAGUCAAGGAUAAACAAUUUGAGAAUGAAGCAUACCAUCUUAUGAGGCUUAAACACCCAAAUAUAGUGCUACUUGUAGGCUGGUGUUCUGAAACAGAGGAUAUAUAUGUUGAAUACAAUGGAAAAUACAUUUGUGCUGAGAAGUCAGAAAGGUUGCUUUGCUUGGAGUACAUGCCUAAAGGAAACCUUCGUGGGUAUCUUUCAGAUGAAUCUUCUGGACUUACUUGGGAGACACGGUACAAAAUAAUCGAGGGUAUUUGUUAUGGUUUACAUUAUCUCCAUGAAGAAAGGCAACUUAAUGCCCCCAUUAUUCACAUGGAUCUGAAACCUGCAAACAUAUUGCUCGACAACAAUAUGGUGCCUAAAAUUGCGGAUUUUGGCAUGUCGAGACUCUUCAGUGAGGAGAAAACUUGGACUUGCACAAUAAGUCGUGAUGGAACAUUGGGUUACAUGGCACCAGAAUACAUUAACAGGGGUUUGAUCUCAACAAAGUCAGACAUAUUCAGUUUGGGUGUAAUAAUCAUAGAGAUAGUGACGGGACAGAGGGACUAUCCAGAUGAGAGUGAGACCGGAAUAUCUUCCCAAGAAUUUACUGAGCUUGUACUAAAGAAUUGGAGAGAUAGGCUACAAAAAUCACUGAGAUAUACAUCACUAGAAAUAGAUUACCAGCAAAUAAAAAGAUGCAUUGAGAUAGGUCUGGACUGCUUGAAACUUGAUCGGUGGAGAAGACCAACAAUAAGCCAAGUUAUCAAGAUGCUUCACGGAACAGAAUGCGUAGAUUUCAGCGGCAGAAAAGAGGUUAUGUCACUGACAAACGAGGAUUCAUGUUCUAUACUUCACCAAGAUAUCAGGCUGGGGCAGUCGUCCGACAACUGCACUGACACUUCAAGCACGACCACGGAAUUCAUGUUCUAUACCUCACCAAAUGGGAGAUCGAGCAGGAAGAAGAUCCGGUCAUGGACCCGUGGGGCGCUCCUUGGUAGUGGCUCGUUUGGUAUGGUCUAUGAGGCCAUCACUGAUGAGGGUGUCUUCUUUGCUGUCAAAGAAGUAAGCUUAUUUGAAGGGAUCCACGCGAAGCUAUGUAUCUUUCAGCUUGAGCAGGAAAUUGAACUUCUGAGCCAGUUUGAGCAUGAGAAUAUAGUUCAGUACUAUGGAACAGACAAAGAAGAUUCGAAACUAUAUGUCUUCCUUGAACUAAUGACCCAAGGAUCCCUUGCAUCUUUGUCUCAGAAGUAUCACCUGCAAGACAAUCAUGUCUCUACAUAUACAAGACAGAUCCUUAACGGAUUGACUUACCUCCAUGAAAGGAACAUUGUUCAUAGAGACAUUAAAUGCGCAAAUAUUUUGGUACAUGCUAAUGGAUCUGUGAAACUUGCAGAUUUUGGAUUAGCUAAGGAGCUUUCCAAAUUCAGUGCGGCAAAAUCAUGCAAAGGAACUGUUUAUUGGAUGGCACCUGAGGUUGUCAAUCCAAAGAAGACAUAUGGACCUGCAGCUGACAUAUGGAGCCUUGGCUGCACCGUCCUAGAGAUGUUGACACGCCAAGUUCCCUAUCCUGACAUGGAAUGGACACAAGCUCUAUUCAGGAUCGGCAAGGGGGAAGCACCAUCAAUUCCAAGUGCUCUUUCAAAGGAUGCCCGUGAUUUUAUAAGCCAGUGUGUAAAAUCCAAUCCAGAAGACAGACCCUCAGCAUCCGAACUGCUGAAGCAUCCAUUCCUCAUUAACAGGUCAAUGAGAUCACCCAUAUGAGGACACGCUCUCGAAUUUAUCUACACGUGGCAUCAGUUAAUGAGCGCAGUGGCAGAAUGGCAUGUUGUUAACCCUUGCACUCCCUCUGGGAGUACCUUUUGUUCCACGCACACGCUACAAUUUACAUAUCGCUAGAAAAUGAAGCGCGCUUUGUGACGCCUUACGUGGCAAAUUCAUCUCCAAUUUCUUAGAGCACCACAGGGAUCACCCAUAGAACCAAGCACAAACAUUGCAGGCUUGCAGCCAAAUAGGACUCAUGCAUCUAUCUUUUGUUGUGUACGGAUGAAACAUACUGUUAUCCUUUUCAGACAAUUUUCGGUAAUAGAUUUCAGAUGUACAAAUAAAUUUGUUGGAUGACUGACA